CAGCUUCUGUAAACUUUGGUCAGAGGCGCGAAAUGGAAGACGGAGGAGGCGAAGGGUCAAGCUUCGUGAUCGGUCUCAUCGAGAACAGAGCUAAAGAGGUUGGAGUGGCUGCCUUUGACUUAAGGUCAGCCUCACUGCAUCUUUCUCAGUAUAUUGAAACCAGUAGCUCAUAUCAGAACACGAAAACUUUGCUUCACUUUUACGAUCCCAUGGUGAUCAUUGUCCCUCCAAACAAACUCGCGCCUGAUGGUAUGGUGGGAGUAUCAGAACUGGUGGACAGAUUUUAUGCUCCUGUUAAGAAGGUUAUAAUGGCUCGUGGUUGCUUUGAUGACACCAAGGUUGUUCUAGUAGAUCCUUCGUUUCACUCGUUCUAAGAUUGGAGUUGAGAUCUAUAUGUCUUAUUUUUGGAAUUCCAUUGUGGUCAAAUGCUCAGGGAGCUAUGCUGAUUAAGAAUUUAGCAGCGAGGGAGCCUUCGGCCCUUGGUUUGGAUACUUAUUACAAGCAGUAUUAUCUCUGCUUGGCUGCUGCUUCAGCUACUAUAAAGUGGUACUUUCAGA